AUGGACACGAGCAGUGCGCCGGCCAGCAGCAACGGCGCCUGGGGCAGCGCCGCUGGCAGUGCGGCCGUCGUUGCCGCCGCCGCAGUCGCUGCCGCCGCUGGGGCGGCCGGAGCCGGCGGCGUGGUGGAGACGAAGCACGAGCUGGACCUGGGCAUGAUGCCGCCACCGAUCACCACACAGAUACCGAUGGGACUGCGACGAUCCUCGUUGUCGGGCGCCACGCCCAUGAUCACCGAUCAGCAGCUGGUGCAUCUGAGCGCCGAUGCGGCGCUCAAGAGCGAGCUGCUGGACGAGAGCAGCUCGCUGAGUCCACGCACAGCCGAGACGCUGCACUCGCCGGAGGCGCUCGAUGCGUGCAGUCCCAAUGCGCUGCAGUAUCAUGCGCACUAUGCGCGCGAGGGCAGCCUGGACACUAUCAUGUACGAUCAGUCGAAUAGUAUGCCCGGUUUUCCAGUGCCGGCGGCGGCCACUGUUGACCUCGAUCCCGCUGCGGUGGCCGUGGCCGUUGGGCUGGCCGUCAAGCACGAGAUUAUCCAGCAGCAGCAGAACCAACAGCAGCAGCAGCAACUGGAGCAGCAACUGGAGCAGCAGCAACUGGAGCAGCUGGAGCAACAGCAGCAGCAGCAACAACAGCAGCAGCAACAGUCGGCGGCGGCGGCGGCCAAUGUGCACAAGUUCAUCGACGAUCUGACCAAGUCGACGUCAGUGGUCAAUAGCAACGGCACCAGUGAGCCGGCUCUGUUCACCAGUGCGUCGGACAUCGACCACGCGCUCACCGAUAUACUGCAGCAGAAGGUGGGCGUGCUGACGCACACACACACGCAUCAGCACUCGAAUGGAGCGGCCACAGCAGCGCCGGGUGUCCUCAAGCGCAGCCUCUCCAUCAGCAGCAGCAACUCGAACUCGAGCUCGCUGUCCGGCAGCGAAACGUCGCCGAAUAGCUCGCCGAUCACGCAGGACAUCAUCCUGAACUCGGAGCCGGCGGCAGCGUUGGGCGCCGGACUGCCGCUGCAGCAGCUGGCAACGGUGCCGGCGGCCGCAGCUGUGGCCAAUGCCGGCGGUGCUCUGUCCACGGACAUCAUUAUGAAUCCGGCCGUAUCGCCGUCGACCAUACUCUGUUCGGCGAACGGAGCCGCCACGGCGGUGGUGGCCAACAUUCUGGCGCCCCACCAGGUGACCAUGGCCAAUUCGAUAUUGAACAACAUUGCCAUGCAGGCGGAGCCGACGCGUCAGGAUGCCGCUGUCGCUGCCCUGGCGCUGAGCAACAUUAUGAUGAGUCCGCCGAAUGCGGCCGCCGGCGUCAGUGUCGAUGUGGGUGACACGUUGCCGCCCACGCCGGCCGUCAUGCAGCCGGAGGUGGCUGCCACGGCCACCUCGACGGCGGUCAGCAACAUGCUCAUCAAGGCUGCCGCCGAUUUUAUAACCACGCAGGAGCAGGAGCAGCAUCACUACCACCAUCACCCGCAUUCGCAUUCACAUCCGCAGCAACCGCAGCAGGCAGCGAAUGCGGCUGCCAGUGCUGGUGAUCCGCUCGUCAAUCUGCUGCUGAACCACACGACACCAGAAACCGUGGUGGUUGAGGCCGCUGCCGUGGCGGCUGCCGCCGCCGCCGGCUAUCCAACGUUGUCCGGCGUCCAUCUGCCGGUGGUGCCGCCCACACCACAAGAAUCUCUCAUUGUUGCGCUGGCCACUGAGAAUGCGCUGCAGAAGUCGGUGGCCACCGCGGCCAUUACCACCAACGGAGCGGUAAUGACCCAGCAGGCAACGACGCCCAGCAGCACCGGCAGCAUCCUGCCGGCAGCCGUGGGCGCUGUCGCCGCAGCCGCCGCCGUUGCCGUGCAGCCGCCCAUACCACAGGAGCUGACAUCAAUGUCCGACCAGGACCUAAUCAGUUAUAUUAAUCCGAGCACCUUCGAUCAGCUUUAAACGGCAASAGAUCAACAAAUUAAACUAUUGGGUUAUUUUUAAACAAAUAAGGGGAAACCACACAGGCCUAAUGCUAAGCGUAUAAAUAGUAACAAUGA